AUGCUCUCGAAUCCAACGAGCCUUUACCUGGACGAACUUCUCAAUGAGAUGAGUCAACUUUCGGAGAGUUCAAUGGAUUUCAAGAAUACUCGAAUUCUAUUGUCCAGAGAAAUUUCGAGAGUUUUCGAAGAAAUGACUCGAAACGACACUGGAUCAAAGCAGAAAAGAUAUGGAUCAGAAGAUCGCAGAACUGAAUUCUUCUCGCCCCAAAUUGUUCAUCCAUCACCAAGUGUUCAAUCACCAUACACACCAUAUUCAUCGUUUCAAUCUUUAUACACGCCUUCUGUUCUCAAGUCUUCAAAUCCAUUUGUAACCCCAAUGAAACAUGGAAGAAUCAACUCUCCAGAGCAAUUUCUGGGUGAUUGGACUCGUGGAAAUGCUUCGUUGAAUGGAAGCGAAUCACCAUAUGUUCUUCAGACAAAGAUCUACAUUCCAGAGGCACCGGCCAGAGAGAAUGCACAGAAACCAAGAUACAACUACGUUGGUCGCAUCCUUGGUCCAUCUGGAUCAUCAGCUCGACAAAUUGAAAGUCAAUACGAUGUGACUCUUUUGAUUCGUGGAGCUGGUUCAAUGAAAGAUGCUCGAACUGAGGCAGAAUUGAAAGGAAGAAAGAAGUACGAGCAUCUGAAUGAACGACUUCAUGUUCUUCUGAUUGCAAGAAACAAUGACAAACAGAAAUGUGAACAAAUUCUGGACAAAGCAGCAGAGAAGAUUGAAAGUCUGCUGGUUCCUGUGCAUGAUGAUUAUAAGAAAGAUCAACUGGUCCGUUAUGCAAUUAUGAAUGGAACAUAUGAAAUGAGAAGUGACAAGAAGAUGGAGUCAGCUGGUAGAGGAAGACGUUCCGUUCAAUACAAUCAAACUCAUAAUUAA